CCAUUUCUAGUCUGAUGUGACCUGUGCCUGCCUUUACUCAGCUUUCCCUUAUUGCUAUCACCUUUGAUAAUGUUUGGUGGCUACGAAGACGACGAUCCAUUCCAACAAGCUAUUGGCGGUUUCUCAAUGGGCGGGUUCAUGAAUCCUAAUCGAGGGUUCUCUGAAAUGUACCGCUGCUACUCCAUUGCUAUGAUGCAAUCAGGAAGCGAUCGUGAUAACGUCAGUUAUGGUGGAAAGAUCAUAUUACCUCAAUCAGCCCUUGAAAAACUAUCUCGACUUAAUAUCUCCUACCCAAUGUUGUUCAAGUUGAUCAAUGGCGAAAGAAACGCUCAUACACAUGCUGGUGUUCUAGAGUUCAUUGCGGAAGAAGGAAGAGUGUAUCUCCCUCACUGGAUGAUGAAUGCUUUGCAAGUGGAACAAGGCGAUAUCAUUGAGAUAAAGAACACAUCUCUGCCAUUAGGAACAUUUGUUCGUAUCCAGCCUCAGUCGGUGGACUUUUUGGACAUCAGCGAUCCCAAAGCAGUGCUUGAGAACUCGUUCCGAAACUUUGCCACGCUUACUCAAGGAGACAUCAUUCAAAUCACCUACAACAGUAAGGUCUACGAGAUAAAGGUGUUAGAGAUUAAACCGAAUUAUGACGACCAUGGGGGUAUUUCCAUCAUGGAAACUGACUUGGAGGUUGAUUUCGCACCACCUGUCGGUUAUGUGGAACCCAGUCAAAUGCCUCAAUCUAUUCCAAUGGGAAGCAAAAUGAUCAUUGAUGACCCUAAAAGUACGAAACCGGCAAAUGCACCGUUUCAAGGCUCAGGACAAACGCUAAAGAGCCGAACGAGAGACCUGUUGAAGGAUUCACCAAACAGCUCGACGACCUCAUUAUCAGACGCUGUGGCAGAAUCGGCCGCCAUUACGCAUGAUGAUGAUGCAGUACCAGCGCCUCUCAAUUUACCUUUUGGACAGCUAUACUUUGGUUACCCUAUCAUACCGCUGAAAUCGGCCGAAGAAAAAGAGAGCGGGCCCGCCAAAACUUUCGGAGGUUCUGGACAAACUUUGAGGGCUGCACGAAAGGGACAAUCACGACAGAGUUCGGGCACAGCUUCACCUGCUUCACAAGCAGAUGGAAAAGAUAAAGGACGGUCAGCUCGAUGAAGGCAG